GAUGAGCGCGGCCCCGGGCACCUCCCGCGCUCCCCAGCCGCUGCUCCGCUUCCCCGACGGGGCGGGCGGGCCGGGCGGCGGGAGGGCGGCGGGCGGGGGCGGCGCCCCGGGGCCGUGUCCCUGUCCCUGUCCCUGUCCGGGGGGGCCGCGGAAGCGGCGGCGGACCACGUUCAGCCGGGGGCAGCUGUCGGAGCUGGAGCGGGCCUUCGCCGCCGUGCCCUACCCGGACAUCGCCACCCGGGAGCGCCUGGCCGAGCUCACCCAGCUGCCCGAGGCCAAGAUCCAGGUCUGGUUCCAGAACCGCCGCGCCCGCAGGAUCCGUAGCGCCAAGCCGGAGCCGCCACCGCUACCGCCGCUGCCGCCGCCCGGGGAGCGGGGUCCCCCCGCGGCACCUCCCGACGGCAGCAUCCCGUGCCCGGCCCCUGCCCUGCCGCCGCCGCGAUCCCACAGCCCCGCUCGGGGCCUCCCCACCUCGCUGGGCUCCAUCUCCGACCUCAUCUACAGCGCGGCCAUCACCAACCUGGGCGAGCCAUAGCCGUGGCAAGGACCCCUGGCUUCUAGGGACCCUCCUGGCACCACGGCCCCCCCCGGAUUAGCGCCACGAUUUCAUUAGGGUGUGGAAUUACCGCCGGUCCCAAAGGCUCCGAGGAUGUCAUCCAAUAUCCUAAAUGCCGGUGCGGCCACAGCAGGGGCAGCUCCCCAUCAGCUCCCUAAUACCGACUAAUCUUUCGGAAAAAAUACCUUAAUCUGAGGCCCUAUCCACGGAUGAUUGUGGCGCGGCCGCCCCUAAUCCGCAGGCACGCUCGCAGGUGCCGGCAGAUCUCCCUGGAUCAGAUAUUAAACCGUGUUUCCAGGGGG